AUGCACCACUCUCAGCUUGCCCCGCUGCCUAACGAUCUGCCCUUUCGGAUUGUCUCGAAAACGAUCGGUCAGGGUGCCUAUGCCUGCCCUCGACAAUUGCAAAUGGAAGCGACGGUACAUAAACACAUCGGCGAUCAUAAAAAUAUAAUUUCGUUCUUUCAGACCGGCGAGGAUAACGUAUGGCGAUGGAUCGCAAUGGAACUGGCCGAGGGCGGAGAUCUUUUCGACAAGAUCGAGGCCGACGAGGGCGUGGGCGAGGAUAUCGCUCAUGUGUACUUCUCGCAGCUUAUCAGUGCUGUGGGAUACAUGCAUUCAAAAGGAGUCAGUCACCGGGACAUCAAGCCCGAAAACAUGCUCUUAACUGCCGACGGAAAUCUCAAGAUCGCCGAUUUUGGGUUAGCGACGUUGUUCGAGUACAAAGGGGUCACCAAGCUCUCGACAACUUUUUGCGGCAGUCCUCCGUACAUUGCUCCAGAGGUCAUAUCGUGUAGCAACCGCCGUCAGGUCAAGGGAGCGGGUUAUCGCCCAGAUUUAGUGGAUAUCUGGUCGUGUGGGAUUGUACUCUUCGUUUUACUGGCGGGAAACACGCCAUGGGACAGUCCGACAGACAGCAGCUACGAGUUUCAUGAAUACCUUGCGACAAACGCGCGAACGAGUGAUGAACUCUGGCAGAAGCUGCCUGCGGCAACCCUUUCUCUGCUACGCGGCAUGCUGAACGUCGACCCUAGUAACAGAUUCUCUCUUGAGGAUGUGCGACGCCAUCCUUGGUUUACCCGACAGAAUCGGUACCUUGCUCUAGAUGGCAAGCUCAGAGAUCCUAUCAAUCUAGCGACGACUAUGUUCGAAUCACUGCAUAUCGAUUUCAGCCAGGAUCCGCUUUCUCGACCUCACAGGACUAGCAGCUUUGACCCGGAGCAGAUGAGGUUUGACGACGGAGAUUUAAAUACGGAACCCAGAAUCUCCUCCACUCAGCCAGAAAUGCCGAGGGCCGAGAUGUUGGUAGACUGGGAUACACCUCACACGGCGGAUGUAUUUUCGUCCACUCAACCUACGGGAAGGCCUUCCUCCAGCGACGACAUGUUACUGGCGAGCUAUCUAGAAGAUGAGCCCUCCAUGUCGCAAUUUUCGCCUCAUCCUUCCGUGCCGCUCAGUAGAACACAAAAGGCUCAGCGCUUCCGUGACAUUGUACCCGCUCGCCCUAUGACUCGCUUUUUCUCCACGUGGGAACUUAAGAUUCUGGUUCCUCUUGUGUGCGAAGCUCUCCACCGCUUGGGGGUUCCUGUUCCUAGUGUGCCCGCGGUUUCUCCAGGAGACACAUCUGCAACGAUCCGAGUCGUCACUAGAGAUGGCAGAAUGUGCACAUUGCAGGGGAAAGUAGUCCUCGAAUGCGUUUCAGACGGGCUGUUUGAGAUUGAGUUUAUGAAAGUAAAGGGCGACCCUCUAGAAUGGCGACGAUUUUUCAAGAAGGUGGCUGUCCUCUGUUGGCUUUGGGAUACUGGCAGGAAUACAGGCGGUCUUUUGGUAUUCAGCAUACUAGACCAAUAG